AUGGAGAACGCCAAAGGGAUUGUAUAUUCAUUUUAUAAUAUACAACUUUUAUUUUUCAAGUUGUUAGGACUCUUCGGAUUGCCCGCACACUACCCAUCAUUUUUGCAUUAUUUGUAUAAACUGUACUUUUGGUAUGUGGCGAUCUUUGGGAUGUUACUUUUCGAUAUCAGCAUGUGGAUUAAAAUAAUCGGCAACAUAUCGAAUCUGAACGAGAUUAUAAAAGUGUUUUAUCUUUGUUCAAUGGCUAUUGCGGUAAUGGCUAAAUUUGUGCGCAUUCGCCUAAAAAACAGUUCAUAUGUAGCAUUAUUCGAACGAAUCCACAACGAAGAUCUGCUGCCGGUCAAUGUAUCUGAACUAGAGAAGUUCACUCAAUCUUCACAUUUGAGCUGUAGAGUACGCAACAGUUACAUGUAUCUUUCGUUAACAUCACUAUCGUUGAUUUUUGCUACCCAGCUUAUAUCGGAGCCUGGCGAACUACCUCUAUCUAUUUACAUACCCAUAAGUGUGGAGAACUUUUGGUGCUAUUUAAUAGCAUAUUUGUUUCAGUUUAUUGGUUUAUCACUAUGUUGUUUGCUUAAUAUAUCUUUCGAUUCUUUAAGUGCAUCAUUCUUCAUAUAUUUGAAAGGUCAGUUAGAUAUUUUAGCAAAUCGGUUAGAAAAUAUCGGCAAGGUUCUGUAUGUAGAUGAUAAUAUAAUAAACCUACAAUUGAGAGAUUGCAUCCAACAUUAUGUAAAGCUACGGAAAAUUGCAGAAAUCAUGGAAGAUCUUCUAAGCAUUCCAAUGACUGUUCAAAUGAUCAGUUCGGUACUCGUACUUGUAGCUAAUUUUUACGCAAUGACUUUUCUAACCGACCCCAGUGAUUAUGGUACUUUUAUGAAAUUUCUAGUAUAUCAACUUUGUAUGUUGUCCCAAAUUUUUAUGCUGUGUUAUUUUGCCAAUGAGGUGUCGCUCAGAAGUGCAGAACUAUCAUACUCUUUAUACUCAUCCGAAUGGACUCGUUGCAGUAAAAUAAAUCGACGAUUGAUGUUAUUGAUGAUGGCCCAGUUGGAUGUACCAAUUCGAAUAAAAACAAUAAAUCGUUGCUAUUCCUUCAAUUUGCCAGCGUUUACGUCGAUAAUCAACUCUUCAUACAGCUACUAUGCCCUGCUGAAGAAAAUGAAGGACUAA